UCACCACAAAGGUGGAGAGCUGGAAACCCCUAGUCAAACAGUACUAAAAACUAUCUCAAGUUGGUGCUCCCUUCCAUACCAAGUUUGCUGAUGACAGCAGUCUGUGGCCUUUCUACUGUGAAGGCUAGGAAACCACAACCAGAGAAGACAACCCCAAUACUGCCCAGCAGAGGAAGAAAAGGAGCUGGAACACUGCACCUUCCCUUCCUCUGAGCCCUGCCUCUUGCAGGCAAGAGCUCAAGAGAACUUUGCUAUCUGCUCGGGAGGGAACACAGCGGAUGAUGAGGAGAAAAUAAUGAAUGUCAAGGGAAAAGCGGUCCUGUCGAUGCUGGUUGUCUCAACUGUGCUUGUCGUGUUUUGGGAAUAUGUCAACAGCCCAGAAGGCUCCUUCUUGUGGAUAUAUCACAUGAAAAUUCCAGAGAUUGGUGACAGCAGCAGGCAGAGCUGGUGGCUCCCGAGCUGGUUUAGCAAUGGGACCCACAGUUAUCAAGAAGAGGACAUAGAAAGAGGGAGAGAAAAGCAGCGAAAUGAAGGCAGAAUUGAAGAGCUUCACUUGUGGGACUGGUUUAAUCCAAAGAACCGCCCAGAAGUUUUGACGAUGACCCCAUGGAAGGCACCAAUUGUCUGGGAAGGCACUUAUGACAGAGCUGUGCUGGAAAAGUAUUAUGCCAGACAGAAAAUCACCGUGGGACUGACAGUUUUUGCUGUGGGAAAGUACAUCGAGCAUUAUUUGGAAGAUUUUCUGGAGUCUGCUAACAGGUACUUCAUGGUUGGCCACAGGGUCAUAUUUUAUGUCAUGAUGGACGAUGCCUCCAGAAUGCCUUUUAUACACCUGAGUCCUCUGCAUUCCUUACAAGUGUUUGAGAUCAAGUCUGAGACGAGGUGGCAAGACAUUAGCAUGAUGCGCAUGAAGACAAUCGAGGAGCACAUCCUGACCCACAUACAGCAUGAGGUGGACUUCCUCUUCUGCAUGGACGUGGAUCAGGUCUUUCAAGACAAUUUUGGGGUGGAGACUCUGGGCCAGUUGGUAGCUCAGCUCCAGGCCUGGUGGUACAAAGCUGAUCAUGACAAGUUUACCUAUGAGAGGCGGGAACUGUCGGCGGCAUACAUCCCAUUUGGACAGGGGGAUUUUUAUUAUCACGCAGCUAUUUUCGGAGGAACACCCAUUCACAUUCUCAACCUCACCCGGGAGUGCUUUGAGGGGAUCCUCCAGGACAAGAACAACAACAUAGAAGCAAAGUGGCAUGAUGAAAGUCACCUUAACAAAUAUUUCCUUUUCAACAAACCCACUAAAAUUUUAUCUCCAGAGUACUGUUGGGACUAUCAGAUAGGCUUGCCUUCAGAAAUUAAAAAUGUAAAGAUAGCUUGGCAGACAAAAGAGUAUAAUUUGGUUAGGAGUAAUGUCUGACUUCAAACUGUGCUGGCAGAUUUCAAAAUUUGACAGAGAAUCAUUCUGGCUAAUCCCUCAAAAAGUAGUAACAGUUGAUUUUACCUUAAAAAUCAAAAUCAAAAUCAAAACCUACCAACAUGGCAAACUCAUACUAUUUCUCCUUAUAACUUUGAGCCUUGUAAUAUGUGAGAAGGAGGCUAUGGUAAGUAAUCAGAUGUAAAUUCUCAGUGAUUUCUUAUAUAUUCUGGGUUUGGGGAAAAUAUUACAUAAGCGGAAAUCAAAAUUAAUUUGCCAUCAGUAAAUACAAAGCCAGAACGUUCUACUCAGUAUGUCAGAUAGCUUACUGGAGAACAGGGUGCUAAGAGAAAUGCUUGGCAACAAGAUAGGCUAUCAGCUUGGGGGCACUGGCUCAUUGCCUUCCUGGUUGUGAGGAUUCUAGAGCAACACAGAAAGACCUUGCAGUAGGAGAAUUGUAAUGCAUGGUCCUCAAAGACUUUUCAGCUGACGGUUUCAGGCCACUGGCAGGCCAUACUCCCAUUUUGUCAUUGUCUGGCUUCUGUGUAUAAGAAAGGUAGAGAAUACUAAUGGGUAUCAUGGCGGCACAUGUUCAGAAUCCCAGUAAACACAGGGCUGGCAACUUAGAGUCUGUGCUAUGCUGGAGGAACAGGGCAUGGGGUCAGUGCUUGAACUGAGUUGCAAAUACAGACAGCGUUCUUAACAGUGCCUAAUAGCAGGAAUCGAAUGGAAGGUGCCCAAGUCAUAUUCAGUGUUGAACUCUGUGGUGAGAGGCGUGGGUGACGUUAGGGAAGGAGAAUGCUAAAGUGGACUACAAGGACCUGAUUUCCGUCGGAAGACAUUCCGUCAUCAUCUGUUCCUAACCACCUUCUCUGAACCUCAAGGUUCCUCAGCCCAUUAUAUCCCAGCAUGGAAGGCUGGCAUGAAGAGGAAGCCCUCCAUUGUGUGACCUCAUUUCCCCUUGCUCUGUCUGCACUAUCUAAGUGCAACAGCCAGACAGACGUUCUGGGCAACAUGGCAACUGACUUUAUAGCAAUGGGAGACCUUCACCAUAACAGCUGCUAAAUGUUCAGUUCCCUUCUCUGAGGGAAGCUUAACCUCUUCUAUAUUGGUGGUUCUCAAACUGUGGGUCAUGUCCCUUACAGUGGUCAUAUAUCAGAUAUCCUGCAUAUCAGAUAUUUACAUUAUGAUUCAUAACAGUAGCAAAAUCACAAUUAUGAAGUAGCAACAAAUAAUUUAAUACAUUAACACGAGGAACUGAAUUAAAGAGUCACAGCAUUAGGAAGGUUGACAAUCACUGCUCUAUAUGGUAACCUAAGCAAAUCAGUAUAAGGGGAGAUUCUCAGUCUGUAUUUCCGUAUGUAGAUAUAUUUAUAUUUUGCUUGUCUUCCUGUUUUGUUAUAUGUUUCCAUUUUCGAGCAAUUUAUUUAAAAUGCAUUGUCCUGACUUAUGGUGUGAAGGGCUUCAAUAAAAAAGCAACUUACAUAUUGUCUGCAGUGAA